AUGACAGAACCAACAAGAAAACGUAAUAGAUUAUCAUUACUGUGUAAUUACUGUAAGAGGAGGAAAGUUAAAUGUGAUAGAGGAAGACCUUGCUCAUCAUGUGUUAAAUAUAAUGUGGGAAAUUUAUGUGAAUAUUCACUUUUUAAGUCCGAUGAUGAUACAACUAAAUCAGAUAAACCCGGACUCCAACCAACAUUUGCUGUAAAACAAGUAGAUAAUAAUUCAGGUGUUUUGAAUGAAUUGGAAAUGUUGAAAGUUCGAAUCAAACAAUUGGAAUCGAGUGUUGGAGGAGAGAAAAGUAAUACUGCAAAAGAUCAAGAUCAAGAAAAUGGGUCUCUGGGACCACCAAAUUUAUCUUCGAGUGGUAGAUUUUCAUUCCAAACACCAACAUUAUUUCAACCUGGAGUUCCAAAUACAUCAUAUAAGAACGAUUUCAGUUCUCCUUCGGCAAUUGGACUGACCCCAGCUUUAACUCCGAAUUUUCCUUCAAUUCAAUUACCACCUAUAAAUCCAAUUCCAGAAAUUGAUAAUUCAUAUACCACUUCUAAAUUACCACCAUUCAUAUCGCCAUCACCCAACACAUCCGACAGUUUAUCUGAUUCGAGGUCUUUUGUUUUACCACCUUCAUAUUAUUCUAUUAAUCAGAAAAGAGCUUAUUUAGCUGUUAACCCUUGUGAUAACGACGAUGACAUUGUGAAUUUUUAUAAAGAUUUUGAUCCAUGUUACAUCAAAGAUUUAUCGUUCAGACAAAAUAAUGGAAUUUUCUCCUGGUUAACAUUCAUAAGGAAAGAUUCCGGGUUAACAAGAAUUUGGAAUCAUUUGAUCAAUACCACUAAAGGUGAGAAAGAAAGGAAAUUUAAGGGGACAAGUGGAACUGGUGCAUCAGCAAUGGCUGAGCUGAUAAUAGCUCAAACGAAAGAUGCAAAUGACAUUAAUAACAUAAUUACCACAGAAAAGAUAUUAACGUCUACUUUCAAAGAUAAAAUCUUGGGUAUCAAACCAGAGGAAGAGAACGAAAUGGAGAGUCGUUUUAGAGAGAGAACCAUUAAAAGUAGUGACCCAGCUGAUUUCAAACCUUAUAAAGAAAUGGAUACUCCAGGGUCUGACUCUACAAUUAGCGACAGGAAGUAUGUAAGCCCUACUAAUACCAGCUUACAAACCAGUCCAACAUAUAAUACCUUAUCACUUGGAUUGACAACAGUGGCUAGCAAAAUUAGUCUAGAACUAGAACUUGCAGACAAAAUUAUUCUUUUGUUGCCACCUAAAAAGGUAAUAUGGACUUUGAUCAAUAGAUUUUUCACCACCAUUUAUCCUUUCAUGCCAUUCUUCGAUGAAAUCAGUUUCAAAUUAGAAGUUACUCGAAUUCUAGGUCCCGAAGAUUUGGACGAUACAAAAAUAGCUAGAUUAAAUGUAGAGAAAAGAUUAGAUUUUGCUUACAUUGGAAUUAUGUUAUUGAUGUUAAGGUUCUCUUACUUAGCAUUAUUCUCCAACAAAAGAGAAGUUAAUGAGUUUAAUUUGAAGAAUCCAAGUGCUGACGUCAAAGCUACACAAUUGAGAUAUUUAUUAUCCAACCCAAUUUCUAUCCAAGUAGUUGAAGCAGCACAAAUCUGUCUUAAUCAAUUUGACUUGUUCAGGAAAACAGCUUUCCCUGUUUUACAAUUGAUGUUUACGUUGAGAUUGUAUCACAUUUUUGGACCUGAGGAAGGAGAAUCCACAGAUGGAAUAUCUCAUCAAAUAAAUAAUGGUAUCAUCGUACAGACAGCUAUUAAUAUGGCCAUAAAUAGAGAACCCGAUUUGAUAGAUAGGGAACAUACUAAUGAGAAGUUCAAUAAUAUGAACAGAAAGUUAUGGUUUUUCAUUGUUAACACCGAUUUGAUUCAAGGAUAUCAAAAUGGUGAUCCUUUAGCAAUAGAUCCAAAAUACUUCGAUACAAGAUUACCUUUUUAUAAAAAGGGUAAUGAAAACAUUGCCGAUGUAGAACUUGAGAAACAAAUGAUAUCCACCUUUUCUUACUUUGAAAAAUUUUAUCCCAAAUUGAAGGAAAUCUUGGAUAUCAGUUUGAACGUUAAUAGUGAUACUCCAAUUAAAAAGUUUUGUGACUUGAUAUCUGAUUUUGAAAGAUUCAUUUAUUCAAAUUACGGUAGUCUUGAACAUUAUAUGGUACCUUUCUCCAAAGAAUAUUUCCCUUAUCCUUUUAUGAAAACCAUGAAAUGUAAAACGUUCCUUAAUCUUAAUAAUUUCGUUGUAACUAUUUUCGUACAUUUAUAUUACAUUUUUGAAGCCAAAAAUCAUUUCAAAUUAUCGAUUUAUUAUUUCAAGAAAGUUUUGGUUUUUGGUUGUUUGAAUACUACACCAUAUUUCAUCGAAUUGUUUAGUAGGAAUCAUAUAAAUUUUGGGGAAGGAUCAGAUUUGAUCUUGAACCCAUCAUUUAUUCAAUCCAUUCAUAGAGUCAGUCAAAUCAAUAUCUCCUGUUUGGUCAAAAUUAAUGCUACAGUUCAUUAUUAUAAGAAAUCCCCUGAACACGAAGCCAAUUUAAAAAAUGACAUAUAUCAAGAGAAAUUCCGGAAAUAUUGUCAACUUUCAUUGUCCAUAACCAAAAAUGUCAAAUUUGUGAUUUCAGUGUUAUCAAAAUUGAGUAACAGAUAUUACUAUGCAUGGAGAAUCACCAAAGCUCAUAGAUUCUUACUCAAUUUGGUUAAUGGUAAUGAGUAUUAUGAUAGUACCAAUAAUGAAGAUUUGAUAAGAUUUGUCACUAAUAUCACACCCGAAGACCUCGAUGAGUUAAUAGAGAUUUAUGAUCAAACAGCCCAAGCUAUUGAUGAAAGAAAAUUCAAACUUGAAAAAGAAUUUGCUUCAGAAUCUCACCCAACUCCUCAACCACAGGAUACUGAACGCAACAAAGAUGGGAAAUUGAUGUUUACCUUCCCAGCUAAUAGUCCAUUGAAUGAAGGUAACUUCAAAGGUGAUCCACCAUCGGUACAAAGAAGUCAAACAUCAGAUGAUUUUGAAUCAGUAGAUAUAAAGGAAAUUGAUAAUUUCUGGAGUCAAUUGAAUAAUGAUACUAUUUUCAAUGAAUUGCAAGAUAAUGAUACUUUACAACAACCUAAUUUAACCGAUGAUAUUUUCAAUGCUGUUGAUAAUUAUAUGGAUUUUGUCAACUACUUCAAGAGUUAG